ACCAAUGUCUCUGUUUUGUGCCCUCUGCAGCAUGGACAAGGACAGCCAGGAUGUUCACCAGGUGCUGAAUGAGCUCAAGAACAAGUUCCAGGAGAUGAGGAAGCUGAUCAGCUCCAUGCCUGGCAUCAGUGUGAGCCCAGAACAGCAGCAGCAGCAGCUGCAAAACCUCCGGGAGCAGGUCCGGACCAAAAACGAACUGCUGCAGAAGUACAAGAGCCUCUGCAUGUUUGAGAUCCCCAAGGAGUAGAGAGGGAGCAACCCUGCUCUCUGGGUCUGAGCUGCUUCCCG